AUGGUGUUCAAGCCCUAUGUAGAAAUUGUCCGGGUGGCCUACAUUUCCUUCAAGCCACACGAAGGCAAGCUCAUAGCUAUCAUGUAUGUAAUCAAUCAGAACCAGGCUUUGGUGGAUGGCCCAUGCAGUGGAGUGCCGAGGCAGGCCAUGCCAUUUAAAUGUAUGCAGCUUAUAGACUUCGUUCUCAAGUUCCCCCACAGUGCUCAUCAGAAGUAUAUUUGGGAUGCCUGGGAGAAAGAAAAAAAUACAAUGCAAAAAUGGAAUGCCACAAGAUGGGCCAAGAAGAUUGAAGCCAGAGAAAGGAAAGCCAAGAUGACAGAUUUUGGUCAUUAUAAAAUCAUGAAGGCUAAGAAGAUGAGAAACAGAAUUAUCAAGCAUGAAGUGAAGAAGCUGCAGAAGGCAGCCACCCAGAAGGGCUCUCCCAAGCAGGGAGCUGCCCAGAAGGCUCUGGCCUCAACAGUCUCUGCCAAGAAGAUCCCCUCAAAGAAGGUUGAGGGUCAGAAGGCAGUCUGCGGCCAGAAGGCCCCCACCAAGAAGGGAGCCUCUCAGAAGGCACCUGCUCAGAAAGUACCAACUCAGAAGGCUCUAACCCAGAAAGCAGCUGCUCCCAAGGCCAAAAAAUAA